AUGGUUAGAAAGGCAAUAGAGGUUCAAGAAUUGACUGCUUUCAACAUUGAGGGUCGUUGUGACGUGAGUAUUUUGCAGUUGUUCGAUGAUAUGCUGCUGAUAGGUAAUAGUGAUUGGCAACAGGUUCAGGCAUUAAAGGAAGUGUUAAGAGGAUUCAAAUUGAUAUCGGGGCUGGGAGUUAACUUUCAUAAGAGUCACCUUAUCGGAAUUAAUUUGAAUUAUCAUUUUGUCUAUGCAGCGGCUAAUUUUUUGAAUUGCAGGGUGCAAUCUAACUCCUUUGAUUUCUUGGGCUUUCACUUGGGAGUCAUUCACAAAUUAAUUUCUUGGUGGGAGUCGUUGCUGAAAAAAUUGAAGGAUCGGUUAGGUUCAUGGAGAGGCAGGAUUCUAUCAUUGGGAGGUCGAAUUUCUUUGAUUAAAUCUGUGCUUUCUAGUCUUGCUAUCUUUCAGCUCUCUUUCUUUAAAGCUUUGAGUCGUAUUAUCAAAGAGAUUGAGAGAAUUCAUAGCAACUUUUUAUGGGGAAACAAUGCUUCCAAGAGGAAGAUUGUUUGGAUCAAAUGGGAGUAUCUUUGUUUGUCAAAGGAGCUCGGCGAAUUGGGUUUCAAGAGUUUUAAGGAGUUCAAUGAUUCUCUUCUUUUUAAAUGGAAGUAG